UGAGAGUAAGCAUCACACCAUGGCUGCUGCACCGGGCCCAUCAAGUCGCAAGGCAAAGGACGGCUUGCUCCGCUUCUCGGGGCACAAGCACCUGCGCCAGCGCCUCGUCCUCGCCAUCCUCUCGGGCAAGUCGAUCCGCGUCGACGGCAUCCGGCCAGACGACGUGCACGUCGGCCUGCGCGACUACGAAGUCAACCUCCUCCGUCUGGUGGAGAAGGUGACGAACGGGAGCACGAUCGACAUCAACUUGACCGGCACAUCCUUCCUCUUCCACCCCGGCCUCCUGCCCGGCGGGACGUACACGCACACCUGUCCCCGUAGCGUGGGCUACUACCUCGAGCUGCUGGUGCCGCUCGCGCCGUUCUGCAAGAAGCCGUUCAGCAUCACGCUGGACGGGAUCACGGGCGACACAGCCGACCUCUCCGCGGACAUGGUGCGCACCGUCACGCUGCCACACCUGCACCUCUUCGGGAUCCGGGACGCCGAGCUGCAGAUCAAGAAGCGCGGCGCGGCGCCCGGCGGCGGCGGCUCGGUCCUCUUCUCGUGCCCCAACGUCCGCCAGCUCGCCACCCUCCGCUUCCUCGACGCCGGCCGCGUCCGCCGCAUCCGCGGCAUCGCGUACUCGACCCGCGUGUCGCCCCAGUUCGCGAACCGCAUGGUCGAGGCCGCGCGCGGCGUGCUUAAUCGCUUCAUCCCCGAUAUUUAUUUGUAUACCGACGUGUACAAGGGCGAAGAGGCCGGCAAGUCGCCCGGAUACGGGAUCACCCUCGUCGCGCAGAGCACGACGGACGCCGUGCAUUCCGCCGAGGCGCUCGCGCAUACACCGGGAUCAGAGGGUGGUGUGCAAACACCAGAGGAUGUUGCGACCCACGCCGCGCGCCUCCUCCUCGAGGAGAUCAGUCAUGGCGGCGCGGUGGACAGCAAGCACCAGUGGCUUGUCCUCCUCCUCAUGGUGCUCGGCAAGGAGGAUGUUGGCAAGUGUCUCAUGGGCGACCUGACAGCGCACACCAUCCAAUUCCUCCGCGACGUCCUCCUCUUCUUCGGCGUCAAGUUCAAAAUCUCACCUGCACCAGCACCCGAACUCGAGGAGGGCGAGGAGCGCCCCGCAACCCGCGGCACCGGCGAGGUGCUCGUCUCCUGCGUCGGCGUCGGGUACAGCAACGUCAACAAGGCUAUGGCGUAAAUUAUGUGUCAUGUAUGUACUUCUAGCACCUGG